CUCGAACCGUGUACGCAAAAUGGCCAAGGAGGAAAUCGCGCUGAACAAGCCCAGCAGCAAGGACCAAGGUGCAAAUAGAGGCAAAAAGACUCGAGUAGAUGACGUAGGUGACACGGGAAAAAAAUCCAUUGUAGAUAUAGAAGAGCUAAGCGAAUAUGACAUAGAAAAGAAGGACGAGAUGGAGGAGGAGAAGUACUACAACUUGCUCUCGAUUGCAUAUGCUCUAAUGGCAAUCACAGCAGACGCACCAUACUUCCUAAUCGUAUCGAUGGGCGAUUAUUUCAGACAGGCAUUUAAUGUGAAGGACAUCAUGAUAACAGAGUUUGCCCUAAUGGAAAGCAUAGUGUUCAUAGUCGUAUGUGUAUUGCUGCAUCUGAUUGGAAGUUACAGAUUAAAAUGGAAUCUCUUCCAGCCACUAUUCUCCACAUUUUUUUUCACCUUAAUACAUUUAGUGGUAUACUUCAAGCGUGACUACAUAGGACACAAAAUGGUUAUCUUCAGUGUUAUACCAUUUGCAAUAAUAUCAUGUGUGAUUAAAAUGACAACUAUGAAAAUAUGUGUUCUGUUCCGAAAGCAGUACUGCACAGCGUACGUAUGUGGAUUGUCCCUAUCCGGAUUUGUGGUCUUCGUUUUGUACGUACUUGGAGCCUAUGUCUUCUUCGCAGAGGAUGAAAAUAAAUUCUGUAAAAUGUUUUCCCUUUUCUGUGGAAUUUUUUCAUGCAUUUCGUUAACAUCCUUUUUUAUCCUUCACAAAAUAUACAAACUUCCAUUUGUUGAGCGACUAAGAGAAAAGUAUGAAGAUAAGGGACUCCUGAUUAAUCAGAUGAUCUUAGUGGAUUCUGUGAAAUCGAUUUUUGUUGUUUGGGAAUACGUCAUUAUUGGUUUUUUAGCAAAUUUUAUCGCAUAUCAGAUGUACCCUACUGUUUUUCCCAUUUGUAUUCAAUCCAGCAAAGAAAUGAAAGGACUACUAUCUGGCAUACUACUUUUUGGAGACUCAGCAGCACACCUAUUGGUGCACUUUUUAGAUUCCUACUUUUUGAAGAUGAAUUUGUGUAUUUUUUUUUUGAUCAAAUUGAUGAUGUUUGGAUUUCUGCCCAUUUUUGCUGCUUUAGUUGUUUACCACAACUCAAUUUUUUACAACUCAUAUUUUUUAAUGGCCUUGUCUUACUCCUUCGGAUUUUGUCACGGGAUUUUAUCUAACGCUGUUUUUGUGAAAAUUCCCGAAGUCUGUAGAAAGCGCAAGAAGGAGCAGUACCUCAAGUUGGCCCCCAACAUUGUCUUCUUGGCCUUCGUGCUCGGGACCAUGAUUGGCGUCGUUGUAUCUAAGCUCCACGUGCACCUUUUGACUGGGCAGUA